UGCCCCGCGAGAUGAAGAGCCAUGACUUUGCGCUGAACGGUUUGAUCUCGACCCUCGUACCAACAUAUUCCCCAACCCUCGCGCGCACUCCCGCGCAGCUUCUCGAGAGCCUGAUUUCACCGUCAAACAGUCAUUACCUAGGUCACCGCCCUCGCCCACGCCGUCAAUCUUCGAUCCAUCACCUCCCGUUCGCUCCCCUCGCCGGGAUAGGCAACCUCGGUCAAGAUGUUAAAGAUCUGGUCCAUGAAAAAAGAGCAGCAGAAGGCUGAGACGGCAGAAGGGGUCGCUGGGGGGAAGAAGAAGAAGGUCACAGCCGCACAGCUCCGUGUACAGAAAGAUCUUUCGGAGCUGUCACUCGGCUCUACCAUGAAGACAGAAUUCCCAGACCCCGACGACAUUCUCAACUUCACCCUGAUGAUCGACCCUGACGAGGGCAUGUACCGCGGCGGGCGCUUCGACUUCGACUUCAAGAUCAACCAGAACUUUCCGCACGAGCCGCCAAAGGUUCUGUGCAAACAGAAGAUCUACCACCCGAACAUCGACCUAGAGGGCAAAGUCUGCCUCAACAUCCUGCGCGAGGACUGGAAGCCCGUCCUGAACCUGAAUGCCGUUAUUGUCGGCCUACAGUUUCUCUUCCUCGAACCCAACGCGUCAGAUCCUUUGAACAAGGAGGCAGCAGAGGACCUACGAAGUAACCGCGAGGGCUUCAAGCGCAACGUCCGAACCUCUAUGGGAGGGGGCGUCAUCAAAGGCGUCUCGUUCGAUCGUGUUCUGAAGUGAGAGGUCAAUGUGCCAAGGGGAGGGGACAUCAAGUUUGAACUCGGUGCGCCCCAGGCCCCUACCGUCCUCCGAUCGGCAUGUCGCGGCGACCCGGCCCUCCAACGAGAGGCCCAACCCGUUUGUUGCCUACAACACAGAACCACCUUCCGUUUCGCCACCGCACGGUAACAACAACACACCGGCAACGGGUGUACGGAACGAGAACGAGAACCAACACAGGGUGCACCUCCCUGAGUGGGGGCGUUGGUGUUUUCACCAGCUUCUGCGUUUGCUUGGCUUCUUAUCAUGCGAGGAAGCGGAUGGAAGGGAAGGAUACUGGUUCUGAGGAGUCCCUGCCACAGCACGGCGUUGCCGGCGGCUUUCUGCUGUCAACUUGGUUCUCUGGUUUAUUUGUUCUAUUUAUUGGCUGUUGGGUAUCCAUUUACGUCACUCUCCCCACAACACCUCAUUUCUAUCCCUCCCCGCCAUCGUUGAUAACUAGCGUGUAUGCGGCUGUUUCAUAGCGUUCCCAGGAUGAAAGUUUUGGCGGCUUUUCGCCGAAUGACAUGAACUACUAGAGGGUACGGAGAUUGUGUUUGUAGAUUCCGUGGUUGGCAAGGCCACGCCACUCGCCGGGGCGCCGGGUGCAUGACCGGCUAGGGCACUAUGUGCAGCACCUGAUGGGGCAUCAACUGGAGCAUUGCGUGUUAUAUCUGCUGGAGUGACGGCUGGAGCAUCUGGUGAAGCAGCCGCAUUGGCGGUUCGCUUGUGGCGGCGCCUGGGACCGGGUGUAUGGGAGCCUCCUGGCGACCUGGGAUUCUUGCCCCGCUUUCACCUAGGUGAUGGAUAGAUCGAACCCCGGCCGCGCUGUGUGAUCCAUAAUAGUAGUAGUCAAGGCUUUGGGUGAAGAGCCGGUGUUUGGGAAUAGCGUGACGGACGAACGCGAUGUAGCCGAGAAUGGACAGGGAAGGCAACAGUAGACUGCUAGCGCGGCUUAGAGUAUCCCGCGGAGUGGCGCCGAUGGGGAGAUGCUUGCUGGAGCCGCUGUGGUUGCUGUGAACGGCUUGUAUUAUUACACUUAUAUCCUUGCUGGACUGGAAC